UCCCUCAGGACAGUGCUGAGACCCCCUCGGACUGACGGGGCUGAGCCCCUCGGACACUGCCGAUACCCCCAGGAUUCUGCUGACCCCUCGGACUGAGGGGGCCGAGACCCCCAGGAUUCUGCUGACCCCACCGACUGACGGGGCUGAACCCCUCGGGCACUGCUGAACCCCUCGGACACUGCUGAGCCCUCAGGAUCCUGCUGAGCCCACCCCGGACACUGCCGCAGCUUUUCAGUGCUUUGCACCAGCGCAGCCCCAGGACUUUGAAGGAGGGAGUCAAGCCAGGCACUUGGAGAAUUGUCCAGUGGCUCAGUGCUGAGGGAAUUCUGUGGGAGCAUGGCUGGAGCAGGACGCAGAGUGUGGGCACAGAAUGCAGGCAGUGAUGCGGGCCGCUGCUCCCUGCCCGCGCGGCAGCUCCGUGCCGUGGCGCUGUGACCCCGCCGUGCUCCCGCCGCCGCAGGGUGCCAGCAGCCAUGAGGAGGUUUGGCUACUGCCGGGUGGUGCUGGCCACCUCGCUGCUCUGGGUGCUGCUGGACGUGUUCCUGCUGCUCUACUUCAGCGAGUGCAACAAGUGCGACGACAGCAAGGAGCGCUCCCUGCUGCCCGCCCUGCGCGCUGUUAUUUCCAGGAACCAGGAGGGCCCGGGGGAGAUGGGCAGGGCCGUGCUCAUCCCCAAGGAGGAGCAGGAGAAGAUGAAGGAGCUGUUCAAGAUCAACCAGUUCAACCUGCUGGCCAGCGACCGCAUCGCGCUGAACCGCAGCCUGCCCGACGUGCGGCUCGACGGGUGCAAGAGCAAGGUGUACCCGGAGGAGCUGCCCAACACCAGCGUGGUGAUCGUGUUCCACAACGAGGCGUGGAGCACGCUGCUCAGGACCAUCCACAGCGUGCUGGAGCGCUCCCCGCCGCGCCUGCUGGCCGAGAUCCUGCUGGUGGAUGAUGCCAGCGAGAGAGAGUUUCUGAAGGCCUCCCUGGAGAACUACGUGAAGAAGCUGGAGGUGCCUGUGAGGAUCCUGCGGAUGGAGCAGAGGUCGGGGCUGAUCCGGGCCCGGCUCCGAGGGGCAGCAGCUGCCAAGGGCCAGGUGAUCACGUUCCUGGAUGCCCACUGCGAGUGCACCCUGGGCUGGCUGGAGCCCCUGCUGGCCAGGAUCAAGGAGGACAGGAAAACCGUGGUGUGCCCCAUCAUCGACGUGAUCAGCGACGACACCUUCGAGUACAUGGCGGGCUCGGACAUGACCUACGGGGGCUUCAACUGGAAGCUGAAUUUCCGCUGGUACCCCGUGCCCCAGAGGGAGAUGGACCGCAGGAAAGGGGACAGGACCCUGCCCGUCAGGACCCCAACUAUGGCUGGUGGCCUGUUUUCUAUUGACAGGAGCUACUUUGAAGAGAUAGGAACUUACGAUGCAGGAAUGGAUAUCUGGGGUGGCGAGAAUCUUGAAAUGUCCUUUAGGAUCUGGCAGUGUGGGGGCUCCCUGGAGAUCGUCACCUGCUCCCACGUGGGACACGUGUUCCGCAAGGCCACCCCCUACACCUUCCCGGGGGGCACCGGCCACAUCAUCAACAAGAACAACCGCAGGCUGGCCGAGGUCUGGAUGGACGAGUUCAAGGAUUUCUUCUACAUCAUCUCCCCGGGGGUGGUGAAGGUGGAUUAUGGAGAUGUUUCUGUCAGGAAGGCCCUGCGGGAGAGGCUGGGCUGCAAACCCUUCUCCUGGUACCUGGAGAACGUGUACCCCGACUCGCAGAUCCCGCGGCGCUACUACUCCCUGGGAGAGAUCAGGAAUGUUGAAACCAACCAGUGCUUGGACAACAUGGGCCGCAAGGAGAAUGAAAAAGUGGGAUUUUUCAACUGCCAUGGCAUGGGAGGGAACCAGGUGUUCUCCUACACGGCGGACAAGGAGAUCCGCACGGACGACCUGUGCCUGGACGUGUCGCGGCUCAACGGCCCCGUCCUCAUGCUCAAGUGCCACCACCUGAGGGGCAACCAGCUCUGGGAGUACGAUGCUGAGAAGCUCACCCUGAGGCACCUGAACAGCAACCAGUGCCUGGCGGAGCCGUCGGACGAGGACCGGCUGGUGCCCACCGUGCGCGACUGCGGCGGCGGCCGCGCCCAGCAGUGGCUGCUGCGCAACAUGACCCUGCCGGCGUGACCCACCU